AGAGCGACAGGGAGGACGCGGCCGCCCGGAAGGACGCUGAGGUGGCCAACCUCAAGCGGCAGGUGGACAAACUCUGCAGGGAGAAGGACGACCUCGCCCUCCGCUUCCAGGAGGACAAGCGGCAGGCGCUCAUGAUCGCCCAGCAGGAGGUGACGUGUCUGGAGGAGAAGGUGCAGGAGCUACAGCGCGACCUGGCGUCGUACGAAGCACAAGUCGAGCAGCUUCGUCGCUCCGGCAGCAGCAAGGCUGAAGCUGGCAAGGCGUCUGAAGCCACGCUUCACAGCACCAUCGCUAAGCUGCGGGAGGACCUCCAUGCUGUCAGCGCCGGCCAUGAGAAGCAGCUGCGCGCUGAGAAGGACGCGCUGGAGCGGCGCGUGCGGGAGGCGCAGGCGCGUCAGGAGGACCAGCGGCGCGAGCACGAAGGACAGCUGCUGGCCAUCAAGACGGACCUCCGCGCGGCCAGGGAGGACGCCGCCAGACUCCAGCACGACCUCCAGGAGGCCGAGGACAAGAUCAAGGAGGUGGAGUCCGGGAAGCUGCUGCUGCAGCAGGAGGUGUCCCGCCUGAUGGAGGACACUCGGGCCGCGGAGGAGAGGAGGACGGUGGACUUCCAAGCGGCCGUCAAGGGACUUGACCACGAGAAGAAAGACUUGCAGAAGAAACUCCAUGAUCGCGAAACUAAAAUUUCAAACAUGGAGCUGAAUGAGAGCAAAAACGCUGACCUAAUAGCCCGUCUCACGAGUCAGCUCCGUGAGCUGAACCUGCUCAAGCAAGAGGCUCAGCGAGCCGCUGCUGACGCUGCUAAUAGACUCAAGGCCGCUGAGGCGGACGGUGUGGCGAAGGCUCAGGAGGCCGAGGCGCUGAGGCUCAGGAUCGCCACAGAGGACGAGCGCCACAAGGCGGCCAGGCACGAGGCAGCCCGCCUCAAGUCAAAGGUCGCGGAGUAUGAACGCGAACGCGAAGGGCUGAACGCGGAGAUCGCGUUGGUGGAGCGACGUCUGGCGGAGCUUGAAGACCAUCACAACGCGAGGGAAGCUCACCUGCAGACCAGCCUGGACGAGAGCCGCGACGCUGAGCGCCGUCUGCUGGAGGACAAGAAGGCGGCCGACAACUUCAUCAACCAGCUGCAGCAGCAGGUGGCGGACCUCAAGGUGAGCGCGUCACGCGACGCUGGGCGGGCUGAGGCGCUGCAGCAGCAGCUCGGAGCGCUUGAGGCGCACAAAGAGGCGCUUGAGAGGCGCCUGCACGCCACAUACGCCGCCAUACGCACCAUCACGCACGCCACCUCCCUGCCACAGCGUAAAGAAGGAGGCGUAGCGAGCGAGCUGCCCGCUGCCCUGGCCGAGUCGCUGGCGGGGCUCGAGAAGGACCGCAGCGAGAGAACCGAGGUCGACCCUGAGGCUAUCAGGCUAGAACUGAGAACCCUCAUGAACCUUAUCAGUACCCUCGAGUGUGAGAGGGUGAGUAGAACCCUCAUGAACCUGAUCAGUACCCUCGAGUGUGAGAGGGUGGAGGAGCUGCGGGCACGCAUCGCGGCGGCCGCGGCCAGCGAGGCGGACCUGAAGGACAAACUGAGCGCCAUGAACCGCUCCUUGAAGGAGACCGUGGCGGCCACCAGCGGCCUGGAGGACGAGCUCAACAGGUCGCAGAGCGCGCUGACGCGCACGGACAGCGACCGGCGUCAGCUGGAGGAGCGGCUGGCCGCGUGUCAGGCGUCGCUGGCGGAGCUGCGGCGUCAGAAGGAGCAGGCGACGGAGGCGAAGCAGAAGGCGCAGCAGGACCUCAGCAACGCGGAGAUACGCAAUGCAGACCUCGAGAUGAAGCUUAAUGCGCUCAGAGGGAACCUGGGCGAGCGCAGCAGCGCGGCUGACGACCUCAUAGCGAAGGUGACGCGCCUGGAGCACGAGAAGAUGGAGAUCCGGGGCCAGCUCUCCGACCUGGAGAGGAAGCUGGCCGUGAGCGAGGCUGAGAAGCGCGACUUUGAGAAGUUUGAGUUUCGCGGCGACAAGAACAGAACCGAUCUCAAGAACCUGCUGGAUAAGUACUCAUCGCUGGGACCUGACGCAGUAGACGCCGCAGGUUCUCUAAGUUCUCUGCGGGUUGAGAACCUCGAGCUGCGCCGUAAGCUGGACGAGGUCGAGGGCGAGAAGACGUCGCUGCAGCAGAAGCACCUCGCUGAGCUGCGUGACCAGGCGAGCGAGCAGCGGCGGGAGCGGCAGGGCGACGCAGAGAAGCUGCGCCGUCUCGCGCAGCAGCUGGAGACGCUGCGGCAGGAGAAGGAACGCUGCACCCUGCGCAUACAUGCGCUCGAGCAGCAGGUGGUGUAG